UUGGCGGCGGCAGACUCUAUUGGACAAGACAAAACGCAUUAUUUUCAAGAAAACAGCGGAAAAGCAAACGUUGCAAUGGCAAGUGAGGAUUUGUUUCAAAAUGAUUACUCCGAGGAACCCGAUCUGGGACAGGACUUUGAUAAAGGCGAAGAAAUGAAUAUAGAGGCGGCUGAACACGGCGACGAAGAGGUUGAGCAGGCGAUUGAACAAACUAACAUACCGAGCUCCGCGAAUGUUGAUCCUCCGGCUUCCACGACCACUGAACAGGCAAAAACAAGCAAUGCUCACAAGGCGACUGAGCAUGAACAUGACGCUAAACUCACACAGUUGCCGAUGGGUCGCAUUCGUAAUAUAAUGAAACUGGAUCCAGAUCUUCAAAUCGCCUCAAAUGAGGCUGUUUUUGCCGUAACAAAGGCCGUGGAGUUAUUCAUAGAAUCGUUAGCACGCGAGGCUUUUACCUAUACGGCGCAGGCCAAGAAGAAGACCGUACAGAAGAGAGACGUGGAUCUGGCCAUAUCCGCUGUGGACAGUCUUAUGUUUUUGGAUGGCGCAUUGAAUUUUUAACGACUCAAGAUAAUAAACGGAAUCUAUUGUGAUAUUACAAUUA